UGGAGGGGGCGGGCCCGGCGUCCCUCCCGCCCGGAAGCGCGCGGGCGGGAAUCCCGGCGCGGAACGGCUGGCACUCGGGACGCGCUCAGCCUGGAGCCCAGCAGCCUCCUUGGGCCCUGUCUGAGCAGGUCUGCCUGGCAAGUUGGGACAUGUCUGGCCCCCAAGGACCAUCCCUGAGUGAUGGCUGCAGCGGCGGAGGGGCUGGAGUCCAGAGAAGCUGCAGCUGCCUCAAAAGAUGCUCCAAGACCUGCUGUGGAGUCUGUAGAUGCAGGACCUGGGGCAUCCCCCUUCCUGGCUGGGAAUCGGCUGAAUUUGGACCUGUACCCCAAGGGCUGCCACCAGCUGCUGCACCUGUGUGCCCAGCACCACCAGCAGCUGCUGCAGGUAGAGUUCUUACGGCUGAGCACCCACGAGGACCCUCAACUGCUGGAAGCCACCCUGGCCCAGGUGCCGGGGAACCUGCCACACCUCCGCUCCUUGGUCCUCAAAGGAGGGCAAAAUCGGGGUGCCCUGGGUGCCUGCCUCCAGGGUACCCUGACCACGUUGCCCACUGGCCUGAGUACCUUGGCCCACCUGGUCCACCUAGACCUGAGCUUCAACAAACUGGAGACACUGCCAGCCUGUGUCCCUCAGCUGCGCAGCCUGGACUCGCUCCUUCUCUCUCAUAACCGCCUGUCAGAGCUCCCUGAGACCCUGGGUGCUCUCCAUGUUCUCACCUUCCUCACUGUGACACACAACUGCCUGCAAAAGCUGCCCCCGGCACUGGGGGCCCUGUCUGCCCUGCAGCAACUUGAUCUCUCAGAGAACCUUCUGGACACAUUACCUCCUGAGAUUGGAGGCCUGAGCAACCUCACUGAACUCAACUUGGCCUCCAACCGGCUGCAGAGCCUCCCUGUCUCCCUUGUGGGGCUGCGGUCCCUGCGGCUCCUUGUUUUGCACAGCAACUUCCUGACCUCAGUGCCUGCUGGUCUGGCCCAUCUCCCACUGCUCACUCGGCUUGACCUGAGGGACAACCAGCUCCGGCACCUGCCUCCUGAGCUACUAGAUGCACCCUUUGUGCGCUUACAGGGGAACCCCCUGGGUGAGGCCUCACCAGACUCUCUGAGUCCUCCAGGCACACCCCAAGUUCUUGAAAUGCCGAAACUGUUCCUGACCUCAGAUUUGGACAGCUUCCCUGUGACCCCCCAAGGCUGCUCUGUAACUCUGGCUUGUGGCGUCCGCCUGCGGUUCCCAGCGGGGGCCACCACUACCCCCAUCACUGUCCACUAUCGACUGUGGCUGCCGGAACCAGCACUCGUCUCCUUGGGCCCUCAUGACUCCCUGCUCAGCGGUGUCCUGGAGCUGUGGCCCCAUGGGGUGGCUUUUCAGCAGGAUGUGAGCCUGUGGCUGCUCUUUGUCCCCCCUCGGGCCCGUCGUUGCCAUGAGGUAGUGGUCAGAACCCGCAGGGACAAUAGCUGGAGUGACCUGGAGACCCACCUAGAGGAAGAGGCACCCAAGCGGCUCUGGGCUCGCUGCCAGGUGCCCCACUUCUCAUGGUUCCUUGUGGUUUUGCGCCCUGUAUCCAAUGCCUGCCUGGUACCUCCAGAGGGGACACUGCUGUGCUCUUCAGGUCAUCCUGGGGUCAAGGUCACCUUCCCUCCUGGGGCCACCGAGGAGCCUCGUCAUGUCUCCAUGCAGGUGGUGCACAUGGCUAGCCGAGAGUUGCGCGCCCUUCUAGGGGAGCCAGAGGCUGCGGUGAGCCCCCUGCUAUGCCUCUCACAGAGUGGUCCCCCCAGCUUCCUCCAACCAGUUACAGUGCAGCUACCCCUGCCCCCUGGUGUCACAGGCUUCAGCCUGGACCACUCCCGCCUGCACCUGCUGUACUGGGCCCCUCCUGCAGCCACCUGGGAUGAUAUCACGGCUCAGGUGGUGCUGGAGCUCACUCAUCUGUAUGCACGCUUCCAGGUCACGCAUUUCUCCUGGUACUGGCUCUGGUAUACCACCAAGACCUGUGUGGGGGGCCUGGCGCGGAAGGCCUGGGAGCGGCUACGGCUGCACCAAGUCAACCUCAUUGCCCUGCAAAGGCGCCGAGACCCCGAGCAGGUCCUGCUGCAGUGCCUGCCCCGAAACAAGGUGGAUGCCACCCUGCGCCGGCUGCUGGAGCGCUAUCGAGGGCCUGAGCCCUCUGACACUGUGGAGAUGUUUGAGGGCGAGAAGUUCUUUGCUGCCUUUGAGCGAGGCAUUGACGUGGAUGCUGACCGCCCAGACUGUGUGGAGGGCAGGGUCUGCUUUGUGUUCUACUCUCACCUGAAGAAUGUGAAGGAAGUUUACAUCACCACAGCUCUGGACCGGGAAGCUCAGGCGGUGCGAGGCCAGGUAUCCUUUUAUCGGGGCUCAGUGCCUGUGGAGGUACCCCAAGAGGCUGAGGCUGCCCGGCAGAGGAAGGGUGCAGAUGCCCUCUGGAUGGCCACUCUGCCUAUCAAGCUGCCGAGACUUCAGGGGCUCAAGGGUCACGGGAAGGGGGCCAGGCUUUCCCUGGCACCCCUGAACCUGGGCGACGCUGAGACUGGCUUUCUGACUCAGAGCAACCUGCUGAGUGUGGCUGGGCGCCUGGGUCCCGACUGGCCAGCCGUGGCCCUGCACUUGGGCAUGCCCUACCGAGAGCUGCAGCGCAUCCGGCAUGAGUUCCGGGACGACCUGGACGGGCAAAUCCGCCACAUGCUCUUCUCCUGGGCAGAGCGCCAGGCUGGGCAGCCAGGGGCUGUGGAGCUCUUGCUGCAGGCCCUGGAGCAGAGUGACCGGCAGGAUGUGGCUGAAGAAGUACGGGCCAUCUUGGAGCUCGGCCGCCACAAGUACCAGGACAGCAUCCGCCGGACGGGCCUGGCUGCGGAGGACUCUGCUCUGCCAGGCACAUCAGCCUCACAGUCCACAGAGCCUGCCCAGGCCUAAGCCCAGCAGGCUCUGGACAUUGGCCUGGCCCCUGGCAGAGCUCGACCUUCAAGUCUCUCCCCUGUCUGGGGGCGAUGUAAACCUGUACUGUUCCAUCUACCAUCUCAGAGCUUGGCUCGUCCAUCAGGUGGAGAGGCAGUUGGAGGGAAGGCAGGGCCAGGCUAUCUGAGGCCCAGCCUCUACUGGGAGGGGGUUCUGUAUGCCCAGUCUUCCCAUGGCCUUUGCUCCUGCCCCUCCCUCAGACCACGCCUGUUGCCUGUGGUCCUGAUCUUCCCAGAAGUGGAGAGGAGCUGACUCUACAAAGUAACGAUUCUAUCAGAGAUGGAUACAAAGUCA